CAGUGUAUAUGUGUGUACAGUCUUAUUUUAACCUUUCAUUUAUAAUCUGAAGGUCUUCAAGUAAACAUAAUAUCAUUGAACCUCAGAAACAGUGUAAAAUAUUAUUUCUCUUUAAUACAUUUAGUUACAAAAUUAAAUCCGUGAUGGACGUAUUUUUGAUGAUCAGGCGAAAAAAUACCACGAUUUUUACGGAUGCAAACGAUAAUACAACAGUUCACGAACUUAAAAAAAUUAUUGAAGGUAUUUUGAAAGUACCACCAGCAAAUCAACAACUAUUUAACAAAGAUAAUGUUGUUAUGUCUGAUUCUAAAUACCUGUCAGAUUAUGGAUUGACAUCUAUAACUGCAAAAGCACAAUGUCCUGCAUUGAUAGGAUUAGCUAUACGUCAAGAAAAUGGCCAUUUCGAACCACUUGAAAUGACUCCAUUUUCACUACCGCCUGAUCUUCCGGACGUUAUGAAGGGUUGUGAACCUAAUGGUUCAGAAUCUCCUUGAAGUUAUAUAAACUAUAUUGUGAAUCAAUUGAUAAAGAAGUAUUGUGUUUGAUACAGUUUAAUAUUCAUGAGAAAGACCUUUCUAAAUGCUGAAGAUUUUAUGAAACCAGGAUGUGAAUAAUAGAGACAUACAAGUUCUUACAUUUAUGCGAAGUGUCUUAGGAAUUUCUCACUUCUUCUAGAGAGAAAAAAAAAACAGGUAGUUGCAAUACUUCCAGGUCUUUGUGAACAAGCAAGUACUUUUUUUGUACUUGAAUAAUUAAAUCAGGAUGCUAAUAAAUGUCAAAAAGUACAUGUUCACAGUCCUGUAUGUUAACCAAAUUUAAUCUUAAUUAGCUAUGAAAUUGUCUUGAAGUUUUGUUACAGUUACAGAAAUAUAAUAAAUACCUCAUUCGCUUAUAUUUAAUUUAUGACUAAUAGUUUAUAUUUUAUGUUAUGAUAAUUUUUUUGUAACGCUAUCACACCCUUAUGAUACUUUUUUUAAUAGUUUUUAUUUAGUUCUGAUCUACUAAAUAUGUAUUUUACAUUACAUCACAUUCAAUCACACUAUCAAUCUUUAUCUUGUGAUAUAGAAAAAAAAAAAAAAAAAAAAAAAAAAAAAAAAAUGGGUUGUCUUAUUUAAUAUAAAAAUUGAAUAAUUUUUAGUAUAAAUAAAUUUCUUUACACAAAGUAAAAUUAUUUAAUAUAUGAUGACAUAUAAAUAUAUAUCAUUUUAAUAAGUCAUACAUAUUUGAAGAAUAUAUUGUGUCAAAUUGACUACUAUAUUAAAUAUAAAAUAAUUUUGCUUUUAAAUUAUAUUAUGCUUUGUAGACUGUUAUUUCGUUCACUUUAUCUGAAUUACAUUCUGUAUUCAACCAUCAUUACUUAUAGUAUUGUUAUGUGGUGUUAUCAUGAGUGAAAUCUCAUAAACAAGUUGAAAAUUGAAGAUAACAUUAUUGGACAUAAUUUGAUUUGGACUUGAAUUGAAUGUGUAUAAUAUUCACUUCUCAUAUAGUAAUAUUGUUGUAACAUUUUUUCUCUUCUUCAUUCAAUAUGCAGAUAUGUAUUUAUGCAUCAGAUUUAUAUAGGAACAUUUGGAGUGGCAUGUAAAAUAUUUGUAAAUGAGUUAUGUUAUUUUGUAUUACAUUGUUUACAAAAAUUACAAAUUGCAUUUUCCAAGAAUUGUAAAGUAAAUUAAGCCAUAAAAGGUUGUUCUCACAAAAUAUACAAUGUACUUUAUAAGUUA